AUCGGUGUGCAGCUGGUGGUUACCAUGGUAAUGGCCAGUGUGAUACAAAAAAUCAUACCUCAUUAUUCCUUCGCAAGAUGGAUACUCUGCAGUGGCAGUCUUCGGUGGUAUCAGCACCCUACGGAAGAUGAGUUGAGGAAUCUUGCUGGUAAACAGAAGGGCCAGAAGAGGAAAGACAGGAAGUACAAUGGUCACAUAGACAACAAACCGCUAACGGUACCCAAGGACAUUGAUCUUCAACUGGAGACAAAGUAUAUCACUGAAGUGGACACAUUAGCAUUGCACUACUUUCCAGAGUUCCAGUGGCUUGUUGAUUUCACAGUAGCGGCGACCGUGGUCUAUCUAAUCACGGAGCUCUACUACAGUGUGGCUCAGCCCUCAGGAGAGAUGAACAUCAGCGUGGUGUGGUCCAUGCUCGUGCUCGCCUUUGUCGUAAAGAUCCUCUUCUCUCUGACGACCCACUACUUUAAAUUAGAGGAAGGAGGUGAACGCUCCCUCUGUAUCACAUUUGGUUUCUUUUUCUUCGUCAAAGCCAUGGCCAUUCUCAUUGUUACUGAGAACUACCUGGAGUUUGGUCUGGAAACAGGUUUUGCCAACUUCUCUGAUAGCGCACUGCAGUUCCUGGAGCACCAGGGUUUGGAAUCGCAGGGUCCAAUUUCAAAACUUACCUUCAAGCUAAUCCUCGCCUUUCUUUGCGCGCUGAUUGGAGCUUUUUUAACCUUCCCUGGCCUGCGAUUAGCCCAGAUGCACCUGGAUGCGCUCAAUGUGACCACAGCCAAAUUCACACAAACUUUGCUUCAUAUCAACUUCUUGUCCCCACUUAUCAUGGUCCUGCUAUGGGUGAAGCCCAUUACCAAGGACUACAUACUGAACCCCACCCUGGGAAAGGACAGCUUGCCUUUGAUGGCUGAGCAGACGUACGACACGCUGCGCUUAUGGACCAUCAUACUGAUGUGUGCGCUGCGACUGGCGAUGAUGAGGCAUCAUUUGCAGGCCUACCUCAACCUGGCGAAGAAGGCCGUGGAGCAGAUGAAGAAGGAGGCGGGACGCAUAAGUACCGUCGACCUGCAGAAGAUGGUUGCACGUGUUUUUUACUACUUGUGUGUAAUAGCACUCCAGUAUGUGGCACCUCUGGUGAUGUUGCUGCAUACAACUUUGCUGCUAAAAACCUUAGGUGGAUACUCGUGGGGAUUUCGCGUGGAAGAGGUGCCUUGCAUUCAUCAGACGGACUCUAUACAGGCGUCAGCACCAAUAGCGCCCCCGGAGGCGGGUACACGGGCUUCCGUCACCCAACUGUCGGUAGCCCUGGGGGGACUCAAAACGGUCUUCAGCCCGUUACUUUUCCGGGGUCUCUUCUCUUUCUUUACAUGGUGGAUCGCCGCCUGCCUCUUCUCCACGUCCCUCUUUGGCCUCUUUUACCAUCAGUAUCUCAUGGCAGCGUAA